AUGGCACAAUACAUGCAAGGCCAGAAGACGUGUCUGGAUACUUUCCCCCUAGAUAAAGAAAUGUGUGGCUGGAAGCCAACAAGUGGUGAAGACGUGCUUCUAGUCGAUGUCUGUGGCAAUAUCGGCCCUCUUUUAGAUGAAUUGAAGGCCAAGACUGCCGGCAUCGAAAAUCGAAUUAUCACCCUGCGAUCUGGACAAGACCAGCGACGCGAUACUUAUGCAGCUGCGGAGAAGCCUGCUGUUCAAAUCACGGUCCAUGACACUAAUACCCCUCAGUCCUUCAAAACAAAGUUGAAUGAAAAGAUCUUCCCUGACUCCAAUGUCAACUGGCAGAUGACCCAAAUUGGUAUCUCAAUGAUGGCAUGUCCUGCCUCUCUUGAGCGAACAGAGGCAAUGUGGGGUGCCUUUCUUGAUUCAGUUGGACUCAACGUUGUGAGAAAAUAUUUCUAUCAACCUGAGUUUUGUGACGGUUGUACUGGUCGCUGA